GCAGAGAGGCUUUGCUCAGAUCUUGUUUCUCUGACUUUUCUUUGGGUUUCUCUUUUUUUCCCAAAGUUGAAGAGGGACUCAACCAGCAGGUAUUCAAAUCUCCUUUUGAGUCUAAACCAAACUGUGUGACUCUGUCAGUGUGAAUAAUGAACUGCCUGGGAAUUGAUGGCAAAUUACUUGUAUUUCUAACCAACACAGAGCAGAAAGAAAGCAAGCCUUUAACUGUGCAAGGGGGACACUUCCAUUCCUUUUGGUGAUGGUCAUUUUAGGGCUGGCAGUGCCUGCAGUAACCUGAAGUACUUACACAGUAGCUUUUCCACUGAACUGUGAAACCAUUCAUGGAAGCUGAUGGCAAUAUUCUUGUUCCUUUGCGUCAGAAGGCAAAAAAGAAAAGUCAAGGGUUCUUUAUAAUGAGCCGACGGAGGAUAUCCUGCAAAGAGCUGGGGCAAGCCGAUUGCCAAGGAUGGCUCUACAAAAAGAAGGAGAAAGGAGCUUUCAUUGGCAACAAAUGGAAGAAGUUCUGGUGUGUGCUGAAGGAGUCAUCACUGUACUGGUACAGCAGCCAGCUGGCUGAAAAAGCAGAAGGAUUUAUAAGACUUCCAGACUUCAGUGUGGAUCGAGCAAUUGAAUGCAAAAAAAAGCAUGCUAUUAAGAUCAGCCACCCACAGAUCAAGACAUUUUAUUUUGCAGCAGAAAAUGUUCUGGAAAUGAACACGUGGCUGAGUAAGCUGGGAAUGGCUGUAGACCCUCAGGCACCAAACAGGAGGAAUGAGGAAGAAUGCUACAGUGAAAGCGAACACGACGACCCAGAAAUAACAGACACGCCACCUCCACCCUACACAGCCCUGACACCUCCUCCUCCUUCCCAGGAUCAGCAGAAGUCAUCAUUCACCUCUACUCUGUCAAGUGAAGCAUCUUGUUCCCUCUCCUCUCCUGAAAGCACUUUCAACUCCCAAGAAUCAUCCUCUUCCUUGACAUCCAAAGUGGUGUAUUCAGAGAGGCAGUCCUGGCUUGACCUGGUUGCCAGCUCUGCCACGGAGGAGGGCGAUCAGCCUUUAACAUUCUGUGUCCAGAUCCACUCUGAUGAGCCACCAGAGGUGACCUGUGGAGACUCAGCAGAAAGCCAGGAGCUCCAGCUCUCUGAAGCCAAUGGUGGAUCCCAAACCUCUCACCUAAGUGCAGAUGCACAUUGUCUAGCUGUGCCAGAUGCAGCAGGACAGCGAUCCCUAGCCAAAGACCAGGAAAAACGUGAUGAUGAUGAUGAGAUGGAGCGGCUUUACAAGUCCCUGGAGCAAGCCAGCCUGUCUCCCAUUGGUGAUCGCCGGCUGUCCACUAAGAAGGAGCUUAGGAAGUCGUUUAUCAAGCGCAGCAAAAACCCCUCCAUUAAUGAGAAACUCCACAAAAUUCGAAUGCUGAACAGUACAUUAAAGUGUAAGGAACACGACCUGGCCACAAUUAACCAGUUGCUAGAGGACCCAAAGUUGACAGCAGUGAAGUACAGAGAGUGGAGGAGCACAAACAUCAUGCUGGUCCAAGAUAUUUAUCAGCAGCAGGAGGUCCAGGACAUGCCCACAGAGAAUAGUGAGGAGCAAGAGGUGACUCCACAGCCAAUCACUGAAAGUGCUAUUUGAUCUUGCACAUGGCAAGAUUUUUCUCCACAGGUCUUCAUGUACAAGCAAUUUAAGCUGCUGUAUCUUGAGGUUUGUUUUUUGGAAAUGUGUUUCAAGAGGAAAACAACCCAUUCUCCAAAGUUUUGAAUGGUCUUGCAUAGCUCAUUUAUUGCCAAGUUCCCCAAAAAAGCAUGCCUAAACGUGGCCUGCAUACGUAAGAAGGCUAUUUAAAAAAGCAGCAAAGAAAUGGUUUUCAGUUUUUGGAGAAGAAAAUCAGAAGUGUCCAGCUCCUGGAGGACACAGAACAAUGUGAUAUGUACUGUAUAAAUAUGAGAUCCUUGGGAUUGUUUUAACCAUGCAACAAGGAUGAAGUCUACUCUACCUUUUUACCUGCUAAGGUAACCUGAUGUACACAUUUUGAUCCCUGUACCCAUUUACUUUCACCACUCUACCAGUUCAAGCUGCGACAAAUGGAAGAGUAAUGAUGCAUGAGUUCAUACUGUAGGCAGCUGCCAGGCACCCCCUUUGGGCUCUGCCUGAUGUUUUAUGAGUUUCAACUUUAUUUAUGGUCCAGACCAAGAAGGUACUGUCUUUCUACAUGAAGAAGAGGUCUCUCAGUUUUUGCUUGUAAUUUACUCCUCAGUGAGACAAGUUUCAACUUUUCUUAUGGACUUGGCAGAAUUCCUUGGAAAAUUAUGUUCUUCUUUCUUAUUUUUGACAAUUGGGAGUAUAUAAGGUACAAGUUUAUCCCAGAGUCCAGUUUCAGGAAGGUGAUCAUAUUCACAAGCCAGAAGCUAAAUAACUGUACUCCUAGUGUGGACCUGGAAGUGUAAAACAAAGGUGCAAGUAUUUUUGUAAAUAUAUGUAAUUUUAUGGCUUAUAUGAAUGUGACUAUGUACUGUAUAGAUGUUUUAUUUAUAUAUUUAUACAUGCUGAAUUUCCUAAUAUAAAUAGGCACAUGUGGACCAAGCCCACCCAGCUGCAAGUGCUUACAGAUUGACUUGAAAUGCCUCUUUAUUUUGUGUUCCCCCAUUAUAGAUCACAGUGAUGGCUCUACAGCUGAGAUUACCUGGAGACAUCUCCUGUGAAUCUUCCUUCUGCUUUUCUAGCUUUGAGUUUUAGAUUAAGAAAAUCUGUACAAUUUAGGACCUGAAAAAUGUUUUCUAGAAAGUUUCAAGAUUUCCUUUGGGGAAAAAAAAUAAGAGGUUUUGCUGCAGUAUCAGGGUUUUUUUGGCUUCAUUGUCCUCAGUACAAGGUUUUGGGCUUUUGUCUUCUCUUCUGCAGUGGAAGGAAUUUUGCAGUGUGCUGAAUUUUGAAAAGCAAGAAUUAGUCCACCAUUCCCAAAUUAAUGCCACUACAGGAACUGUGACAAUCUGCAUUUCUGUUGCUAUUUCAUCAAGAUGUUCUUUGCCAUUAGUUUUCAAUACAGUUUAUCUUUCAAAGCAAAAUGCUCUAUAGAGAUGCAGCUGUAUUCAUCUGUCUUUAUGCAUUUUAUGUUUUAUUGAGAAAAGAUAAUGGUGUUAGUGGGAACAUAUAAAAUCUUUUCCACCUCUGUAGUGAUUAUUUUGACUGUUGAUAUUGCAGUUUUAAUACUCAGAAGCUUUUCUUUUUAAAUAGAGGCAAGGAAAUAGAUGAAAAUUAUUAAAUGGAGAAGCACACACAAAACCCUGAAUGAUUAAACAGCUAUUCUUUUCAGGAAAUCAUCAUAUGAGUGGUGAUUUCAUCACUUCACUAAUUCUAGCUGGAAGUUAAACAAGCUUAAUACCUGGUGCAAUUUGGUUUGGAGUAAUUGUAUCUUAAAAAUGGAGCCCAUUUUCAGGUCUCUUUUUUUGUUCUUCUUUUUGUUUUUGGGGUUUUUAAGUCAUUCUUCCACCAUUGCCAUUGAAAUGCUGUCAAUUCACUGCUGAGAGCACCCUGAAAUUUAGGAGUAUAGGGAUUAAUCUGCUUGGUCCAUUUCAUUUUAACUACCUGGUGCUAAGGAAUUGCUAAAUAUUGGAGGUCAAAUUGCAUGUACGUUUUCAAUCACAUAUGGGAUUUUCUCAUGAAAUGAAGCAUGCAAACACCAUUUUCCAUCAAAAGCAUCUUCACUUAGAUGUUGAAAAGAAGCACAUGGUUAAAUGGCCUGUUGAGCUGGGCCAGGCAAGUCAGUGCCUUGCAGUUCUGAGCAAAGGCAGAGUCAGCUCCAAUUGCUGAAGUAGAUUUGCAGUAUACAAAGAAAAACCUAUGUGGCCUGUCCAUGCUGUGUUGGCUUUUUUCACACUGUACUUGUAUAACAAUAUACAAAGAAGCUGUCCCAAGUCUAGAGACAAAGAGAUGCCCUUGGACUGUCCAAACUCUUCUAUUGGUUCUGACAGAUUACAUAACCUAAAAUUGCUUUUAACUUACUCUCUUUCAGAUGGUCAGUAGAUAUUAUUGUUGAACUAUUGAGGUUUUGGAGACCUGCUGAGAAUGGGCUCUAUCACUGCUUGGAAAAGAACAGAAAAUUCUUGAAUGGGGUUACUCUAAUGCCAGCUAUAAUUUUAACAAAUUUCUUUGUUCAGGAAUGGAAUUUAUGCAAGUACUGUGCAGGAAGUCUAACUCCACUCUCUCCAGCUACUUAGACUCAAAAUAAUGGAAAGCGUGGAAAAUGCAAAGUGAAAAUUGCAGUGAAACAGGAUUAAUUUUCUGGCAUUGCUAAUUAGUGUGGCAGUUUUUGCCUGGGUUUAUCAGCAGCAUGAAGCCAUAAUCAGAAAUAGAAUUACACACAAGCUGACAGCUACAGCGGGGAGCUGCCUCAACAGGAGAAAUUUGGGCAGGUCUGUGCUCUGCCCAGUGAUGCUUGGAGCAAUUUCUUGGUCUGGAUUUGGAAGACCUGCACUAUUGACUCAUAGCAUAGGGAGCUGUGCAUCCCUAGUGUGUGAAUGUCAAGAAGUCUUUAACCAUCUGCCUCAAGGGACAUGUUUUACAUACUUUUUGGGAUAAAGUAUGUGUGUGUGGAUAUGUGCACAUGCACAAUUUUUCCUCUGUCAGUAAAGCAGUUGGUGCAGUAAGUCCAGCAGGGGAGAUUUUGGAAUUCCUGGUAAGAAUAUCUAAUUUCAACUGUUUCUGCAGCUUUUUGGAAAUCAAAUCUCUCUGUUCUGGUGGUGCACAUCUCAUGAGAUACCAUAAUGAGGUGGGAUCACAUUUCCUUUCCUAUGAUGGAAGAGAUUUCAUAUGGGGAUUGUGAAUAAUUUUUACAUCUAGCUCUGAUGAUUCAAUCAAUGCUAGGGUUUCACCUUGUCAUGGUUUUCAGUGCAGCUGGAGAUGAAACACCAUGCAGCUGUUUGCUCAGCCCCCCUCUCUUUUCCUUCCCCAUCCCUGUGUAAUGGGGAGUAGAAUUGAAGUAAAAUUCAUAUGCUGUUACAAGAAUGGUUUUAUAAUUUAAAAUAAAGUAAAAUACACCAACAAUAAUGGCAAAUAAUAAUGAAAACAAGAAGGAAAGAAACCCAAACAAGUGAUGAACAAUGCAAUUGCUCACCACCCACUGAGCUGCCAGACCCCUCUUCCCAAACCCUUAUCAACCCCCACUUCCAGGUAUCUCCCUCUGGUUUAUAUACCUGGCAUGAUGUUCUGUGGUGUGGAAUAUCCCUUUGGUCAGUUGGAGUCACCUGUCCCAGCUAUGCUCCCUGCCAGUUUGGGUUUCUGUGUAUUUCCUCACUGGCAGAGAACGAGACAAGGAAAAAUAUCCUUGACUUAAGGUAAACACAUCUUAGCAAAAAACCAAAACAUCAGUGUGUUAUCAAUACCAUUCUCAUUCUAAAUCCAAAACACAGCACUGUAACAGCUGCUGAAGAAGAAAUUAACUCUGCCAUAACUGAUACCAGGAAUAAACAGGAAUAAAUAAUG